CGCGAAAACCGUCAGAGGCUUGUUUAGAUGUAGAUCAGCUGGGACAAUAACAACAAUAAGGACUGAUAAAGGGGUCGGGAUGUCGCUUUUCUAAAUGGACUACCCCAAAGAAGUAAGCACCCGGAGGACCAGCAGCUGCUGUUUUAAACUAUACUCAUGUAUUUUGUGGUUUUAUUAGCUUAUAUUUCCAUUUUUGUCCGAGAGCUUCCUGCGUGCCUCAACAAAACGAGGGGACCGAGCGGCUAAUAACUUAGCUAGCAUGCUAAUCUGCCACAUAUUUUAAUAUUCAACCGUACCGCCGUGUUCUCUGCUGGACUAAUGCUGGCUUCUAUAAACGCAUUGUUAACGAUGUUUUCGAGUUGUGGCGAUGCCUUUUCUGUUUUGGAGAAUUUAUGUUGAUCGUUCACUUCUGUAAGCUGCUAUAAAGUUUUGAUAGCCUCUUAACUUAGCCUCGUCUUAGCUAGAAGGAGGGAUAGUUUAGUUUUACGGCCGCGGAUUGCCCGUACCGGCCGUUCGGGGUUGUUUAUGAACUUGUUUGUUGUUGGCUGGUGAGCUAGCUGGUUAGCAGGCUGGUAGCUGUCCAUGGCAGGGUGUCCAGGCCUCGGCAGCGCUGCACUGACAGGACAGAUGACAACACAAUAUUAGCUUGAUCACUUGCUAGCUCGCUGUCGUCCACAGUUUAUUAUUUCCAGAGCCAGUUUUCGACUCACAGCACAUCAGCGGCUCGGCCUUAAGACACACAGUUACUAUGCAUUUAGCUGCGUUACUUCAUUUGCCAAAUUUCCUGUCUGGCAAAACAUCCUGUCUUACUGUUUCACUCUUGGUCCAAAUCUGAUGUCGCCUGCCACUGUCUUCACUUAGUUAUAUUGUUAGCACCAGUUUGAUUUGUUUAUGAACAUUCUUGAGAAAUGUUCCGACGCACACAAAGGACCUUCAGGAGAUUUAAUUGUCGUACAGCACAUGUGAGUAGGUGCUGAUACUCUGUCAAACUAUAGUUUGUGACCCUUCAGCAGCCCAGAUUCCAGAGAAGGGGCUCCCUUUGACACAUUGCAAUGUCAGAGGCUCUGAUAACAGGGCAGACAUCGGAGGAUCUGUUGGCAGACUUUGAGACUUUAUUAAACUCUGGGGGGAUCAACCUGGGCGAGGACCACCAGAUAGUGAUCAUCACCAGCCCCAGCAAUGAGGGACUCCACCCAGCAGCAGCCCCGACCAGCACAGGGGAAAUCCUGCUGUUUGCCACGCCGCAGGGCCCCGCAGAUGUGGGGAACCAGGACAAGAGACGACCUGCACUGGGAAGACCUCCGGUAAAGAGGAAGUUGGACUUGGAUAGUGACCAUCAGUAUGUCAGCACCUCUCGACCGUCCAUAGGCCAAGCCCCACCCUCCACACCUGCCCCUCCCAGAGUUCCUCGGACCUCGACAGAAAAGUCUCGGUACGACACUUCGUUGAAUCUGACCACCAAGCGCUUUCUGAACCUGCUGUCCCAGUCGGCCGACGGAGUGGUGGAUCUGAACUGGGCCUCGCAGGUGCUGGAUGUCCAGAAGAGACGCAUCUAUGACAUUACCAACGUCCUGGAGGGAAUCCAGCUCAUCUCCAAGAAGUCCAAGAACAAUAUUCAGUGGCUUGGUAAUCGGAUUGAUGCAGCACUGGUUUCCCGCCAUAAGGAGCUGCAGAGGGAAGUGUGUGACCUUACAGAGGCUGAGGAACAGCUGGAUGAGCUCAUAUCCAAAUGCAACAUACAGCUCCGACUGCUCACAGAGGACCCGCAGAACAAGAAGCUGGGCUAUGUGCACUGCCAGGACUUGAGGCAGUCAUUCGAUUCCCCGGACCAGCUGGUCAUGGUGAUCAGAGCUCCUCCAGAAACCCAGAUGCAAGUUUCAGAGCCCAGUGAGGGUUACCAGGUGUCACUAAAAAGCUCGCGAGGUCCAAUUGAUGUCUUCCUCUGUCCAGAAGACAGUUCAGGAGUCUGCAGCCCCGUGACAGGAAGCAGUCCCUCAAAACCCACCGCUGACCUAUCCUUGGUCCCGCCUCCUACACAGCCCACAGACCAAUCACAACCCAGAACCUGCACAGCAGCACCAGAAGCAGUUUUCUCAUCGCCAACGUCCACCACAUCCACAGUGACAGCAGCCUCCCAGCAGGACCCUUCAUCUCUGGUGUUAGGUGGUGACACAGCAGAAUCACUGCUGGAUGGUGACCCAUUCUCCAGCCUGGGAGAUCUACCCGACUUUGACCUCUCCCCACUCUCCUCCUCGGACUUCCUGAUUGGAGAGGGCCUCCCUCUCCCAUUGGAUGGUUUCAUCAACCUGUCCCCCCCACACAGUCACGACUACCACUUUGGACUGGAAGACCAUGAAGGCAUCAGUGAACUGUUUGAUUGUGACUUUGGUGACUUAUCGCAAGUUUUGGGGGACGAUUAGAAGAAAAAGAAGAGGCGGAGCCUGUAGGCAAAUCAUUGUCUAUGUAGAACUUUACCUCUGUCCACUGGGGCUUCUGAAGGAGGGCUGAAAAUCAACGUUUCAUAAACAAUUCUCGUUUCAGAAACACACACAUUUAAUCUUUUAAAUGUUGGGUUUGGGGAAUCUUUCAAGUGAUCAGCAAAAUACCACCCCAGCUAAAUAAAUUCCCCCAGAUUGUGCAGCACAUUAUUAGCACUUCUCUUUGGCCAUUUAAAAAUGUCAGACCAAGCCUUGAGCUUUAGAAUAGCUAUUUAAAUUAUUUAUAUAAAUGUUAUUUUGUACCAAGUGAGGUUUUUGCUGUUGUUAAUGUUUUAUUCAAGGGGAUUAUGCAGGUGUUUUUUGUGUGUGGUGUUUGAACUCUUGGGGAUGUUUCCUUCACAGUGAUUAACAAACAUACUGAAACUCUUAAAGCUGGUUUCUGAAACAACUCAGUCUUUCUACAAAGGAGAAAGUUUGCAGUGCCGCAGCUUUAGGCUGAAGCUGCUUCAACGAAACCAGCAUUAACAGUAGUACAUGUUCAGGGAUGAGGUUUCCAAAAGCAUCUUUGAGCUAUGUGGCAGUUUCACGUAUUAUCAACUUGUGAUGUCAGCACAAAAAUAAUUUGUGUUUAAAACACUGGAAUCCUAAAAAAAAAAAAAAAAAAAAACUGGAUCAUGUAACUUCCCUGUAACCAACCAGGACAUCCUGAUCCCCAGCUAGCUUUGCACCAUUUCCCCGUGGAUUAACAAGAGUUUGUUUGCAGUCCAUGACUUUGAAUUUGUUUUUGUGUGUUGAACACAAACUAAGAUGCUUUUGGCAAACUAGAACUUCACCUUUCUUUACAUAAAUGGUAACAUAUAGGCUUACCAGCCCACUUUUGAUGAUUAUUCUUUAAGACACAUGUGAACACAUUUUCACAUUAGUCCUUAAGAUGGCUCAAAAGUGCUCAAAAGAAGUCUGAAUAGCCUAGAUAUGUUUCAUCAAUGUGUAGGAAACCAGGCAAGAAUAGACUGCUGCGGUUAUGCUAGCAGGUAAAAACUAAUACUGAAUAUGUUCUCUAUUAGUUAGCUAGGUGUUUAGCCAUAGUCUCAGGUGUUUGGAGCAGAGCAAAGUCUUAAAUCAGUGAUCUCGAUGCAAACGUGUAUGAGAGUGUUUUAGAUGAGUUUUGUGUAGGUUCAUAGUAGACUCUUAAAGGUGUGUGUUUUAAAUUUGUCAUUUGACUUUUUAGCUGGAGGUUCAAGUGAGAAAAGUUCCCCAGAUGUCUGUAGACGGUGGAUGCCAACACCACCCAACUGUUGAUGUUUGGUCCUGAGCCCUUGUCCUCACUAACUAUUCACUGGUUGUCAUUAUGGCCAAAUUAAAGCACAGCUGCAUCCUUCUUUUACCGGUUGAAUCAGUGCAGAGCAGCGUUGACUUCAGGAAGGAUUCAGUGGAAGUGAUGGGCUCUUGAAAGGAAUUCAUAACAGGGACAUCUUGUUAUUGUUCUGUGUAUGGGCUUCAAAUCAAUUCAGAAAGUUAAUGUUCAUGCCUUAAAUCAAUGACUUAUCAGGUAAAGGGUGGUUCAUCUUGUCUCAGCACCCAGUGAUCAAUUCUUUCUUGUUUUUGUGUCAACAUCCGGCUUCAUGUUUAUCUGGCUUGACUGUGUGUUUGUAGAAAGUACAUUGAUUUUUCAGUUGAAAAGCAGCAAUAACAGCCAUUUUUCACAUUCCAUACUCUGAGUAUAAGAUGGAAAAACUGUCCUGCUACAUGUUGUCUUGUUCCAAAUGUCCGUGUCACCCCCCUUUUUUUUCUCAUCUUAAGUUAUGUAAGCUAACAUGUUUUUGUUUUUUGUUUUUUUGCAUUCUUCAAAUGUCCGAUUUUAAUAUGUAUGGGUGCAUGUGUGUAAAAAAAAAACAAAAAAAAAAUGUUUUGUUGAAUUUCAUAUUUAUUAAAAAUGGGGUUUAUUGGAGAAAAAAUGGUACAAAAAUUUCCAUUAAUUUUCUGGCAGGAACGGACUUUUCCUUUGUAAAUCUUAACAAAUGUGCCCUUUAGUGGUGAAAAGAAGUAUUUUCUUUGUAAAUGAGCUUCUUGUUUGUGGCACAUUUAUGUUUUGCGAUGUUUUUCCUACUAUACUGUAUAUUUUUUCCAUCUCAACCUAUCAUUAUCCAUGUGCAGCCUUUGUAUUGGCGAAUGAUACCAAAAAGAAGAGAGAUAAUCUUCAGAAGUACAGUAUUUUGCUGUUUUGACUGAGCUGACUAUUGCAUCAAUUUAGAUUAAAUACCACCUCAUGUUGCAGGCAACAUUGCUAAUCUAAGGUUGUACAUGUAUUUUUUUUUUCAGUCUUUGGGUGCAGCGGACUCGCUGAAUGUGUAAAGGCCUUGUAACUACUGUCAUGUUUUGUUAUCUUUUGUUUUCUUUAAUCUUCAGCUCUGGAAACCUUAAAAUCCAGCAUAUAAAUUCAACAGCAUCUGACAGCCUUGUUACAAGCCACCACGCUCCUUUUAUAAUUCACGUAACAUCCAAAAUGUACCAUAUUUUGUGUCUGUUUAUUAUUGUUGCCCCUUUGUGUCAUGUGUUGGUUCCCUGCAGGACAAAUGCAAUGCCUUGCUGAGGUAGAAUAUUUCUUUUUGUGUGCCAUCAUGGUAAAAGAAUUGCAAGACUUUUUUUUUUUUUUUUGGUGUGUUGUGUGGCAUUUGUGGAGUUUUGUUCAAUAAAUUUGCACCUUCAGUUUAAACUCAAAUGAGAAUCUUCUGGAACUGUAGGACUCAAAGCAUGUAAAAGGAAAUAUUGGGAUUUUCUCAAAUAAUGGAUCAAGGCUGCGUUGACAAUUGAUUUGGGUUUAAUAACACUAUAAAUACAUUCAUUUUAAAAUGUGUUUUUUUUCCUUUUAUUGAAGUCAGUUUCUAUUAUGAUUUAAAACAAAAUAUGCUGACGUGCCAUAAAACUUCUCUGGUUUACCAGUGUAAAAGUGAAUUUACUCCAGCUCUGAUUCAGUUGCUGUACAAAGCUAAACUAAUCGCAUUUUUCCAAAUAUAUAUUUUUCCUAAAUUCCGGUUUAAUAAAAUACAGGUUGUGAACGACUAA